UACAACGUCAGCUGCUGAACGACAGCUUUAGGUGAUGGGUGCCAACAUAACGUUCAGGUUUAGCUGUUAGAGGUAAUACUUUGUUAUCUGAGAUGUUUUACUUAAAUAAACGUGAUUUGAAUGGACACGAUACAUUUAAGUAAAAACCAAAACUUCAAUUGGCAUAAAGUAAUUUUGCUUGUGAUCAUAUCUAAUCUCAUUGGUCGGUUUGUUGACAACCUUGGCAUAGUAUUGUGGUUUGACGUUCGAAUGAGGUGUGAGAACUAUUGAAAGAGCCUACAGCAGAAUAUAAAUUAUGGAUUUUGGUGAAGAAGUGAAGAAUAUAUUCUACUAACCUGAAAUUUAACUAUCAGCUGGACUGAGGAAUACUGAAAAGCGAAACUAGAUGCGAUGUUUUUGAAUAAAUCAUGUCAGGUGGCGGCACUGUUAUUAUGCUUUUGGGCACUAAAUACAGGAUAUCCCCACAAAUACUUUGCAGAAAAAGUGACGGCUCUUCUCGGAGAAGAUGCCGUUCUUCCAUGCUCUUUCGAAUUUCCAAAAGGUGUUCCUGUUCCUUAUAUUAUUCAAUGGCACAAAAAAGGCAUCAAAAUUCCUAUUUAUAUCUGGUACGCCGGUUACCCUCCUCACAUUGGCGAAGGCUACGAUGGUCGAGUGUCUCUCACGGGUCAGGCAUCUCUCAACCUAACCGACUUGCAAGAACAUGACCAAGGAACAUAUACUUGUAUAGUGAACUUCUUUGAUAGGUCACCAGAUCAAAAAAGAAAUGGAAGUCUGGUUCACUUGUUCGUACACGCACCACCACAUUUCAGUAUCAAACCACCCGAUGUUGUGUAUGUAAACAUAGGAGAAAAAUUAGCUCUUUUCUGUGCUGCAGGUGGAACACCUGAUCCGGAUAUCACUUGGUAUAUGGACAACAUUCCACUAAAUGAAGGUUCCAACAUAAAAAUCAAUCGAGGAAGUUUAGAAAUAUUUAAAGUUCGGGAGUCUCACAUUGGAGAUUACGUGUGCAGAGCCAGAAAUAGUGAAGGGAGUAUCGUAGCUAACACAAAGGUUAUUGUAGCUGGUCCAGCUGUUAUUACUGUUCCACCGCGAAAUCUUACAAAACUAGAAGGAGAUAAGGCGGAAUUAAUCUGUGAAGCGAAAGCGCUGCCAGCAAACCUUACCCACCGGUGGUUGUUUAACGAUAAAGAUAUUUCCCAACUUACCUGGUUGGUAACUCGUACUGUAGUCAGGACAGAUGGCACUCUCUUUAUCAACCCUACCUCAGCAGAGGAUUCUGGACUCUACACUUGCGAAGUAUUUAAUGGAAUUGGGACGCCAGAAAGGGCAUCGGCUUACCUUAGUGUCGAAUAUCCAGCCAGGGUUACUUAUUCGCCAACCAUUCAGUAUCUUCCUCUGGGAUUGUCCGGGAUUAUCCGUUGCUAUGUGAAGGCCAAUCCUCCAUUUCUUCACAUCAAAUGGAGUAAAGACAAUCGUCCUUUUGAUCCAAAAUCUCACCAUGGAGUGUUCAGUUUAAGUAACGGAUCGCUCCAAAUCCAGAGAGUUAUCCACGAACACCAGGGGUGGUAUGUCUGUACUCCUUAUAAUGCAUACGGCACAACCGGCAAGUCAAAUAAGAUGGAAGUUUUAGUCAGGGAUCCACCGAUAUUUACAAUAAAGCCUGAGGAGAGGUACCAGCAACGUGUCAACAGCAAGGUUACCAUGCCUUGUCAUGGUACAGGACAGCCGAAGCCUGACAUACACUGGAGAAGGACGGACGGUAAACAAUUGUCGAGAGAUCGCGCAAUCCAGAGCAACGGGAACCUUACGAUCCGAACGUUGAAGAAGGAGGACCAUGGUCGAUACGAAUGCGUUCUUCAAAAUGACAUCGCCAUACUUGUCACAAGCACUUUACUUAUUGUUGAAGGUACAACCCCACACGCCCCUACCAAUGUUACAGUGGAAACCAGUGCUUUUUCGGCAUCUUUGAGCUGGCUUCCAGCAUAUGAUGGAAAUUACCCACAGUCUUACGUAAUUUGGUAUCGUCUUUUGGAACAAGCUGAAAGUCCUUGGAGAACCAUACGAGUGGAUCCAGAUGAAGCCUCCACUUUUACCAUCUACAAUCUUCAACCUAAUUCAGAGUACGAAUUUCGUGUACUUUCUCGAAAUACUUUAGGAGAUGGGAUGUUUAGUCCAACAGUUAGAGGCAAAACCACCCCCUGGGACUUCCUAGGAGGGGUGUAUCCUACUGAUGCUUAUGGUGCCACGUAUAUUCCUACAGUGCAGAAACCAUCUGGCCCCAAGCCUUCUCCUCCACGUAACGUUACUGUUCAGGAGACAGAGAAUGGCCUCCUUAUUUCGUGGCUUCCACCACUUAACCAGAAAGUUCCUGUGGCCUUCUACUACGUUGAAUAUCGCACCCAGUCCAAGCCCUGGAAGCGUUGGGGACCAAUUAAACACGCUACGUCUUACCUAGCCAAGGAAUUAGCUCCUGGCCAUUACAACUUUCGUGUAUAUGCCUACUCUAUUAUGUCUGUAGGACAGGCCAGUUCAGAAGUAUCUCUCACUUUAGCAGCUGAAAGUUAUGAAGUGACAAAAAGUCGUGCUAUAACUGCUGGCGUCGUGGGAGGAAUUUUGUUCUUCAUAGCCGCCAUAGUGCUCUCUGUUUGUGCCGUCAAGAUUUGCAAUAAAAGGAAACGGAGAAAGGCAGAAAAAGCUUAUAUGAUGGUGACUUGCCCUGUUGCAGAAGCUAGAAAUGGGGGCCACUCUCAUGGCGGCAGUCCAUCACCGAUAAAAAACAUCGGACCAUCGCCCAGACCAAAAAGCGGAGUACCAGGUUUAGUUAGUAAGUCGUCUCUUUAUCAUUGUGGCUUGUCUCUUUGGACCAAUUUAUAACUUGAAUUAGGUCAUACCAUCUGAUUUAGAAUGUGAUUCUCACGAUGUGCCAUAAGUAAACGACCGUACAUGUCGUAACCGCCAAUUUCUUAAGUCUCUUCAGUACUGCGUGGAACUUGAACAUACACCCAGCCGCAGGGUUAGAUUGGCCGAACACCCGAGGGAAAGUUCCUACUACUCAUCAGUGGGAGUAAGGAGAGGGCCAGGUUUGUUAUUCAACUCCUCUCUCCGUCCAGGUUCCAAGUCAGUUUCGGCACAUAAGGUUAACAGUCAGAGCAGUCUUCUUCACUACCUUCAACACUAGUGUGCUGGGGUCGAGGCUUUUUGCCUCUCUUCCAGUUUUCCAUCAGUCCUGAUAGCAAGCUAACCCUAAAAGAGAUCGAAGUUUUAUACUGGAAGUCCUGGAAUAUCGGUAGGCAAGCCAUUUCAAGAGGAAAAUCAUUGUUCUCUCAAGUAUCAUUCUUGAAAUUCCAAUUUCUAGUUACUUUUGUGGUCGGAGUUCAAUUAUUUGACAUCAUACAGAGUGCUCUUCUAGUUUUCUUCUCAAGACAACGUUCCGUAUGUAUUCAGUUUUAACCAAUUCAAUGGUCACACGAUGCCCAAACUUUUCUCCAGUGCAAUUUAGUGCCUGAAACAGUAAAGCAAGCCAAAAAAGCAAAUGACCUAAUAUACCUGACAAAACCUACUUUACGAAUAAGGCUGCUUUAUAGUGCUUGGAAAACUGGGCGGCAUAUUUACCCCGAUUGGUUCCCGUCCACUUGCGUAACCCUUGACCUACCACCCGACAAUUAUCUAAUCUCAGCGUCACAAGCAGAGUGGGGUAUUUUCAUUCAACAAGAGGUUUUUGUUUUUUUUAAACUGACAGGUUUGGGCAAACACAGAAGCUUAUCUCAGUCAAUGUAGUUAUAUAUAUAUAUAUAAAGAGAAUGUAGAACCCAAUAGAGUACAGUGAUCAAAAUAAAUUGCUAGAGCGAUUCCUUCACAUUUCAAAACCUGAUUAAAAUCAACAUUCACUUGUAGAAUCACAUUUAUAAGCACUCUGAAGUAGUGCACGGCCGAACUGACACAUGAGCUCCUUGAGGCCAAUGACCGUCUAUGAAUAAAGCAUUACAUUAGAAAGAGCUUUUCUUCGAUUGUGCUAUCGAGUGCGCAUCAGAGCUUUGAAAACCGAAUAAACGGUUUCUGUCAACAAUUUCUUUGGAAGAUGACACCUUUCUCUGUUGAACAAAUGGCACUUACAUGUUUUCAACAACAACAAAAAGGGAACAUUUCAUUUAUCGCUAGAAAAGACUUUAAUUCCAGUCUUUAAUAGUGCAGUGUUAAAAUCACUAGAGGGUGUUCAGAUUGGUUUAGUAAGUUUGCGUCCGUCUCUUUCUCCCACGUGGGUUGUUAGCAGAAAAAAACGUGGCUCUGACGUCACUAAUUCCAUCAAUAGUAGUUGUGGUUGUGCGAGACGAAACUUAACUAACUAUCAAUUACAUUUUGAACAUUUCGUAUCAUAUUCUGGAAGUAACACUUUAUGAAAAGCUUCCAUUGUUAGUAAAAGUUUUACACCUUUUUAAACUAUAGACGUAUCAUUGGGUCAGAACUAAAGGUUUAAAAGAACUCUUUUUGUUUACCCUGAAAAACUUCAAACCAAAGAUCCAAUAAUUAAUCUGAAUUUUAAAUAUCAGAUUACUAAAAACAAGUAACCAGACCAAACAAAAUCUAAGUUCAUUUUGUUUCUUUAAAAAAAGCUAUUCAGUCAAAACAAAAUAUUCCAAUAAACUAGAAAGUGUUUGUUAAUAAAUCAUGAACUAACGUCAAGUGAAUUUUACUGCUGUCGUGUCAAAAUCGCGAAUUCAUAACAAAUGAUCGUUUACCGUUGACGUACGUGUGUUAUUGAAGUAAUUUAUCGCCUUAAUGAACCGGUGAAGUGUGUAGUUUAUUCAUCUAUAACUUAACAGAGAGAAUAUUCAUAGGUCUUACAAGCAUGGAAAUGGAAAACUAUGAAACAUUUUGAAACGUCACACCUGUUCAUAUCACUGUCAAAUACUGUGGUGUAUCAUGUAAUGAUACAGGCUGUAGCUGUAGACUGUUUCUGUUGAUUGUUGUGCACGUGUUCCCUUCAGCAGUAAGUAAUAACAUUCAGUUCUUGCCAAAUAUACUGCUGUAGUCUGUAAUCGAUAUUUGAAUUUAUUUAAAGAAUUUUUGCGUUUUAGAAUAUUCGAAAAAAUAGACACAUAAUACUGCUAAGAAGUACUUAUUAGUUGGCACGCGAUUCUUUUACUUAUUACUGUUAUUACUUUUAAUUUUGAUUUGACGAGAUAUUUACCAACUCAAAUAAAAAUAUUUUAUGAUAUUUCAUUCCAGUGUUAACUCCUGGAAAAUGGUUUUGUUACGAUAAUAAUGAGUAAAACGUCGAGCUUAGCUUUCAGGCAAACAGUUAUUAUUGUAACUCUUUCGUCUCAUAACUAGAAUCUUAUUAUACUAAAUAAUUCAAAUAUCGCUUUGAAAAAUAAACACAAGACAAGAUUUUUAUUUUUAUUUAUACUUGCAUCUUUAUAAUGUAUGAAAUAGAUUUUGAAACUAUGACAGGAAAAUCAACCAUUUUCAAAGAGUAUUUAGGAAUUAAAAUUAGAAAAAUAUGUUCAUUUCUUUAGUACGUGGUAAACAAGCAACGUAUAUAUUAAGUCACUUUUACACUUUAGUUUUAAUAAUUAGUGUAUGAAAAAGUAUUAUAUCUAGUACCUUUUCCAAAAUACCUUAUACACUUAAAGCUCAGAUAUGACCUAAUAUUAACCAAACUAGCAAGCUACAAUUACUCUUUCAAAGGGCUAUUGUUGAAUUUAAAUAUGGCGAGCCUUUUCUUUAGCAUAGCACACACGAAGUACAUUAUGGCAAGUUUCUUGAAAGUAAAAUAAAAACAUUUUCAAUAUAAGACGAAGUGAAACAAUAUGAUUCAUGAAUAUGGUACCAACGUACAUUUCAACAACAACAACAAAAAGAAAAACAUGUUUCAAAGGUAUAGUUUUUGAUACUUUAAUGUUUUUAUUCCAAUGAACAGUUUUUAUCUUGUGUUCGUUAAAACAUUUAUUGAGCUAAACCUAUAAUAUAUAUUAACAAUUAUUGAAUAAAGCCUGUGAUACGUAACUUAUUUUUGUAGAUUUAUGCAGGAUUAUAUCUAUGUUUUAUUUCUGUUUUAAUGUAUACAUAAAAAUCGAAUACAAACGGAUUUCGUAUCCAGAUUUAUUUAAGGUUAUAAACUUUUGAAUUUUUAGUCCUAAAGAAAUAAGAUUCUAUUUCAACAAUAUUCAUUUAUGAGGUCUUAAGGAAUUUAACUAUGGAGUCAUGUCAUAUUGCUUUAAAAUCUUAUUGUCAAUUUAUUUUACAAGUGGGCUUACUUAGUAUAUUUAACAACAACAAACAAACAAACAGUGCCAACUAAGAAACUUUACAAUUGAGUUGAAACUUAAGCUUGUCAACAGUUAAACUGCGAGAACAAAUUUCUCUUCAAAUGAGUGAAGUACAACUAAAUGCAAUGGGUGUUCCAUUUCCGCAUUAGGAUUAAGUGGUAAAUUAGUUAGUCAGAUGCAUCAUGCUACAGUGGUGUCGCCAUCUAUUGAUUAUUUAAGGAACGUUAAUGGAAUAGUAUUUUUUUUUUGUUUUAUCAAGGAACAACAACAACAACAACAAUAAAAAAUAAAACAGAAAAAAGAAAGCAAAUGUAAGGUCCUUGGAUAACCAAACAAACUAUUUGGCUGUCCAAAGAACUUACUUUUGCUCUCUUUCUUCUGGUUUUUUUUUUUGUUUGUUUUGAAGAGAAAUUUUAAUCGACUGUAAGCUUUAUCAUAUAACGGUUACAAACGUCUAAAAUUAUUGACAUCUAAAACUAAAAGUCAUGUCAGUUUUAAUAUAAAAGUUGUUAAGUACACCGAUAUAAAUAAUACGAUAAAAUGAAGAAGAAAUAAAACGUAUUUACAGGGUUUGACAUAAAGUAAUUUACUCAGUACUAAUAACAGUUAAAGAAACAUUUUGUUUUAUUGUUAAAUACCUUAGUUUAAAGAGCUUGAUCAAACAUUUCUCGCAGAAUGCUGUGUAUAUUAUACGUGUUUUUCUUAUGUUGGUUCUCACAGUUUUUUUUUAAAUGAAAGGUUUUGCACACAUGUACAACAAACCAAUUUAUUGGUAUUGUCAUACCUUUAUAUAAACGCAAAAUAUAUUUGCCCUUCUUAUUUCAAAGUGGAUUGGUGAUUGUGUUUAUAUUAAAUUAAAUUAUUUUGAUAAUAGAAAGUAUUAUUUUAAUGAAUUAUGACAUAUUUAUGGAAGUUUUUAUUGUAUUGAUGAAUUCUUGAAACAGAACAAAAUCGAUAUGAUUUUCAAAUCCUAGAUUUUUAUUUUAUAUACACUGGGUAUUUUACUUUUCAGGAAAACAAAACAUACAAUUGGAAUUACUGUUGUAAUGUCUUAUCUAUCUCAGUUAUUCAAAUUUAUAAGUUAAGAAAGUGACAGCGAGGAUCCGUAAUAUAUCAUGCUUGAUUUUUGACUAUGCUUCAUUGUCUUUUUACACAUUUAAUUUUCUACAAGUUUGUAUCAAAUAGCAAUUCAGUGUCCGUUAUUUUUUUGCGUGCUCGUUGUAAUUUGUAUGAUUUAAUUCAGUGUUUAUGUUUAAAUAUAUUGAUAAAUCUGAUUUUUGUUUUGGCUGUGUUCAUCAAGAUCUUGCGAAGUUUUAAUAAUUUUCUGGCAACAAUAAAUGUUUCUCUUG